AUGAGUAUCAAGAAAGAAGUGGAUUGGGACGGCAAAGAGGUCAUUCGGUACUGUGACUUGGGUGACGACAUCCUCAACAACGACAGCGUCGCCUGUGCCAAGCAUGCACUUGUGUUUCGGGCGUUCGCAGUCAACAGAAACUGGAAAAUCCCCCCGAGCUAUGCCCUCAUCGACGGGCUGGAAGGCAGCAUUCGGGCGCCAACCUCGUGCGCCAGUAUAUCACCAAACUCGGAGGCCGGAGCAAAGUUCAUCAGCGUAGCAUGCGACAGCACCAACUGCAACAUUUCCAUGUUGAGAGCACUUGGAAUGCGCUUUGUUUGGCCGCUGAGGAGCUGGUUUCCCAACCUUUCUGACCCCUCCAGGAAGGUGUACGACCUUUUAUAUCCCAGCCAGAUGACCAUAAUGCGCAACCUUCUGGCCCAGAAGCAGUGCAUCAGGGAUGGGGCAGGUAAGGUCGGGACCUGGAAUUACCUUGAGGCUCUGUACAGUCUGCAGCAACAAGAGGGCCUUCAUGCUGCCAACAAGCUGCGCAAGCAGCACAUUGACUCUAGUGCCAAAAGAUAA